ACCCAUUGACCAAAAAUGUCCGCAACGAUAUCACCACCAGCGAAUAAAGGGUUGGUAACUCUCAACAGGGAACUUUUUCGGAAGAGUUUGGACUUGGUCGCCCUGCGUGUUCCUGCCUCAACAUGUAGGCGUGCCAUGGUUGAGUUAAAGGGCGGCCCGCUUCUGGAGCUUCCGAGGCUUCGAGCAAUCAUAGAAGAUCCAGAGGAGAUUGCGAAAGGCGCAGACAAGAAAGCUGUGAGGCGGUUAGUUCUCUUGAACCCUGAGGUCGUCACGUCGAAGGACGCUCUUCCGCCUGCCGUGGACGAGUUCGCUAAGAAGGAGGGGGCAGAAGUGACUCGUUAUAAGCUGGAUCUUGACUACGAUUAUUGGACAGCAGAUCAAGUGUUAAGAUCCAUCCUACCAGACGAAUUAGAAGUGCCAGGUGCAUUUGAAUCCGUUGGACACAUUGCGCAUCUCAACCUCCGUGAUCAACACAUCCCAUAUAAAAGUAUUAUUGGUCAAGUCCUACUUGACAAAAACAAAAACUUGCGCACGAUUGUCAACAAAACGGGGAAUAUCGACCAUACGUUCCGAUUUUUCCAAAUGGAAUUGCUAGCAGGAGAAAACAAUAUGAUGGCAGAGCUGAAAGAAGGGGACUGUCGCUUCCGGUUCGAUUUUUCAAGGGUCUACUGGAAUUCACGCUUGCAAGCCGAGCACAACCGCAUUGUAAAAGCGUUCCGGCCUGGACAACUGAUAUGCGACGUGUUCGCCGGUGUUGGGCCAUAUGCGUUACCGGCCGCUAAGAAAAAGAAUUGCAUUGUCUUUGCGAACGAUUUGAAUCCGGCCAGCCACCAAUAUCUAUGUGAGAACGUGCGGCUUAACAAGGUGGAACACCUGGUAAGACCCUACAACAUGGACGGGAGAGAGUUCAUUCGACAAUCUUUAAAAGACCUAAAUACGCCAAGCGUGUGGCGGGAGCUUGAAAGUAAAGCUCCACCGCCAAAGAAGCCCAAAACUACCAAAGCGGCCUCCAACGACGCUUUAGACUCAUCAACUAAACCUCACACUGAGACAGCACCUGAAGUCAAGGAGAAUGGAAAAGGCCCAGUAGGGGAAGAGCCAGUAUUCCGAUGGUUCGAUCAUUAUAUCAUGAAUUUGCCCGCAACAGCCAUUGAGUUCCUUGACGCCUUCCGGGGGUUCUUGUACGGUCGCCAAGAUUUGGUUUCAAAUGAUCGGCUUCCCAUGAUACAUUGCCAUUGCUUUUCACGCGAGGUGGAUGCGAGAGCUGAUGUCAUAAAACGAGUGGAAAGUGUAAUUGGCGCAUCCCUUGGGGACAAUGUCGAGCUUGUACAUGAUGUACGAAAUGUAGCCCCCAACAAGGAGAUGUUGUGCAUAAGCUUUCGGUUACCGGCCGAAGUGGCAUUCGCUACGCCAGUUGACUCCAACAGCGAUAUAAACAAGCGCCCAUCAUCGGAGCCGAUCCAGAUAUCAGAGAAAAAGGCUAGAGUUGAGGAAUCUCCCAUUCCAUAACAGCAACUCCUUCGACGAAGGACUCAAGCUAUUCACCAAUACCGCAUAAUGGGCUGCGGAAUGAACCUUUUCACGAGAGCAACCGUAUAAUUCAUAAUAAUUGAAUAUUUAUUAAACAAAUAAAGGAUCACACCUAUCUGCU